AUGGCUGCCAUCUUCCUAUUUCUUGGGUUGUUGAUGCCCACCAUUACAGGCGCACAGUCCAUAGGGGUUUGUUAUGGAACACUGGCUGACAAUUUACCAAGUGCACCUGAAGUUGUGCAACUGUGCCAAAGACGUGGCAUCGAGAAAAUGCGAAUUUUUGAUCCAAAACCAGAAACCCUCGAAGCCCUGAGAGGAUCUGGUAUUCGACUCAUCCUCGGUGUCCCUAAUGUAAACCUGCAGGCCCUCGCGUCCACCCCUAAUGCUGCAACUGAUUGGGUAAAAUCCAACGUGGUGACUUAUGCAUCAGACGUCGAUAUCUGGUGUAUUGCUGUUGGAAAUGAAGUUAGCCCCAUCAAUGGUGCCACUUCUCAGUUUGCUCAGUAUGUACUCCCUGCCAUGCAAAAUAUUCAAAGUGCAUUGGUAGCUGCAGGCCUAGGGCAAAUCAAAGUGUCCACUGCAUCUUCUGCUGAAUUACUUGGUAGUUCUUACCCUCCAUCACAAGGAGUUUUCAGUGAUGGCGCGAGCUCAUUCAUUGAUCCGAUCAUCGGCUUCCUUGUUAACAACAACUCUACAUUCCUAGCCAAUGUGUAUCCCUACUUUGCUCACAUUGGUGACCCAGUAAACGUCCAACUUUCUUAUGCAUUAUUCACUUCACCUGGGGUGGUUGUGCACGAUGGCCAAUAUGGAUAUCAGAACCUUUUUGAUGCCAUGGUUGAUGCCUUCUAUGCUGCCCUUGAGAAGGCAGGUGGGACGGCUUUAGACAUAGUUGUAUCAGAGUCUGGCUGGCCAUCAGAUGGAGGGGUUGCAGCAACAAUGGAGAAUGCUAAAACUUACUAUACCAAUUUGGUUUAUCAUGUCAUGCGUGGAACUCCAAAGAGGCCAGAAAAAGCUUUAGAUACCUAUUUGUUUGCACUGUUUGAUGAGAACCAAAAGCCUGGUCCUGAAUCAGAGCGCCAUUUUGGCCUCUUUUUCCCUAAUGAGGUUCCCAAGUACUGA